GAGCAAGCUCGCAGUUUCAGCAAGACGAUGCACUCUCUGCUAUUACAUGGUUCGCGCUAUGGUCGUACAUAAGGCGCCAGAACUUAUUACCGAUAGGAUUGACUCGCUGUGUAUCAUCCAGAAUGACAAAUAUGAUUGGAUCUCCGAAGCGGAGCGUAUGGGCGACAUCUACGAGAAUUCCCAUGUCACCCUGAUGGCUACCGACUCACAGGACGGACGUGGCGGGUUGUUCCCACAGCGCGCAACUUCGCCCCCACUGUCACGGCACGGCGGUAGGCGCUGAGGCCCUACGGAUGCGUGACCAUACUAUAACCC